AUUAAGCAUUCUGCAACCAUGGAUCCAUGAAUUUUUUUUUUCUGCAAUCAUAUUUUCGAAUAAAAUAAGAAUGAGAGGGAGGCUGAGAGAGAAGCAUCCCUGGCGUCUCUUUCCUGCAGUGACCAGUUUCCUCUUCGUCUUCGUCGAAGAUUCGAACCUGCAAACCCUGUUUCUAGGGUUUUGUAGGGCGUCUCCGACUCUCUUAAGUCUGUCAUUCAUCCCCACCACGAGGCCAGCGGGAUGAUCGUAUGAGUGAUUGAUCCUGCAUUACAUCUUUUCAUUCAGAGAUUCAGGAAAAAUUCUUUCUGUGUUCCUCUAGUCUGUACUGGAGUUGAGCAUAGGGCUUAGAAAUUUGUGUGGGCUAGUGUUUGCAAUGGAUAUGCCUGAACCCAGUCGGAGUUACACAAAAUGGGAUAUUGAGGAUAAUUCAGAAAUGAAGGUUGAUAGAGCCGGAGACGAGGAAGAUUGGGAGGGCAGUGAUAAAAGGAAGCACCGAUCAAGCAAGUCCAGAAAGCAUAGCAAUGCAGAAGAAACUGAUGAAUGGGAUAGUGGUGGAAAAAGGAAAAGUUUAGGGGACAGAAAUGAAAUUCGAAAGAGGUCAGGUGGCUCGAGCAGGGAAGUUAGUGGGGGUGAAGAUGAUUAUGACACAAGAAAGGAACAACGCUCCAAGCAGAUUAAAAAAAUCCAAGAGGACAGGACUGAGAAGAAAUCAAGCAGUGAAUAUCCAGACAGAGAAUCAGAUAGCAGUCGCAAGGGUAGAGAUGCUUCAGAGACUAAAAGUCAUCUUGUGGCGGAUGAAAGCGACAGGAGCUCAUCAAGGAAAACAAGUUCAAAACCCUCAGUUCACGAGGGUUCCCAGGGCAAAAGUAAAAGCAAGGUGGAAAGUCCCCAUGAUGGCAAGAUUGAAAGGAUGCAGGAUAGAGAAACCAGGUAUUCGGAUAGAAAAGAAAACAGCAGGGAGAAAAGCCGUGGCUCUCAUGAGGAGAGGAAUCCAAGGAGAAGAUGGGAUGAAUCUGACUCCACCAGAAAAACUGAUGAAGGCAGUUACGUUGAUAAAUCUGAUUCGAAGAGUGGAAAGAAUUCUGAUCUUAAGCUUGAGAGUACGAGAGACAGAGCAAUAGAUGCGAGGGACGAAUUUGGUGAGCGUAAAAGCAAGGUUCUGGAUUCCAACAUUGAUAAGGUCAUCAAAGCCAGUGGCAGGGAGGAGAAAAGGGUUGAUGAGAGGAGCAAGAGCAGAGGCCGGACAGAGACUCAAGAUGAAGAUACCAGGCCAAGUUCUACCACACGUGAAGAAAGAUCGGGCAAUGUUAGAGAUGAUAAGCAGCGGAGAGGUGGAGAAAAAUUGGUUGGUUUGAUUGAUGAUGUGGAAUUUAGUGCCCAUAGGUCUAGCUCUAGGGGUCAUUUGGAGAAAAUCGAGAAGCACAGACAGCAGCGUGAUCCUGCACAGAGCAGCCGUGAAAUAGCCGAAAGCCUGGAGAGAUCUGUUAAUACAGAUGAGGAUGGACAUGCCCGGGCAAAAGACAGAAGGGGUAGGGAAGUGAGGCACUCUAAAAGGUCCUGUAGUCCUGAUAGGAGUGGGAGGCGAUUCCUUGAAUCCGAUGACUCUGGUUCAGAUAAUGAAAGAAGUGUUGGCCUGAAGGAGAAGGAACGGGAAAAAGAUGGGUACAAGGAUGACAGGGUUAAAGGCCGAGAUGGUAGCUGGAGUGAGAGGAACAGGGAGUGGGAAAGUUCCAAAGAUAAUUGGAAAAAGAGACAUUACAGUGGCAAUGAUAAAGGGGCGAGGGAUGGAGAUGGUGAUUUCAAUCAUGACAAGGACUGGGACUUGCAGAGGCAUGAGCGUGAGAGGGCUGAUAAUGAAAUGCUUCUUGGUCGGCCUGGCUUUAGGAAAGAUAGAAACAGGACUGAAGGUGCAAAAAGCUCAUCAAGCUUUGGAACUCCAAAUGAGAAUUCUGAUAUGAUAGAGAUCCGAACCAAGUCCGUUGAUUAUGGGAGAGAAGAGUCGGGAUCUACAUAUAUUGGGAGAAGAAGUGAGUCUGGGCGUCAUCCUGAUUUUACUUCAGCCACAAGUGAUGAGGAUUGGGGGUAUCUGCCUGAUGGUAGAGGAAGAAUAGCUGAUAUUUAUGGCACUGGAGAUGAUCCACAGGAGAGAUAUCCAGAUGAGGGAUCCCCUAUGUUGGAUCAGAAUUUGGGGAGGUUUAACAUUGACAUGCAAGGAGGGAGAGGAAGAGUACAGAAGAGUGCUAUGGGUAUUACUCGUAGUGGUAGUGUCCAGAGUUCAAGUAGUGGUUCACAACCUCUGUUUGGUAAUAACCAGGGGUCCGGUUCUUUUAGUAGAGUGGUUGCGCAAGGGGCAAAAGGGAGUAGAUUUGGAAGAGGAGGGAGGGGAAGGCUGACAGGGAGGGAUGGGCAACGGGUUGGAAUGCCACUACCCAUGAUGGGAAAUCCCUUUGGACCUCUUGGAUUGCCACCAGCACCCCUGCAGCCACUGGGACCUAGUAUGUCCCCAGGUCCAGGUACGCCCAUUGCCCCUGGUGUCUUUAUUCCUCCAUUUCCAGGACCCAUUGUUUGGCCUGGACCUCGAGGUGUUGAUAUGAACAUGUUAGCUGUCACAGCUGGCCUGUCUCCUGUUCCUUCUGGAGCAUCAGGACCUAGAUUUGCCUCCAAUAUGGGGACUGGCCCAAACCCUGCCAUGUAUUUUAAUCAACCAGGUCCUGCAAGAGGGCCGGCGCCCCCAAGCCUAUCUGGCCCUGGUUUUAAUGCUGUCGGGCCAAUGGGACGAGGAGUGCCUCAUGAUAAAGGUCCUGGGAGCUGGGUUCCUCCUAGAAGUAGUGGACCUCCUGGUAAAGCUCCUUCCAGAGGAGAGCAAAAUGACUACUCCCAAAAUUUUGUUGACACUGGUAUGCGACCCCAGAAUUUCAUCAGGGAGCUGGAGCUCACCAGUGUCAUAGAAGACUACCCGAAGCUGCGGGAACUUAUUCAGAAGAAGGAUGAAAUUGUAGCAAAAUCAGCUUCCCCUCCCAUGUAUUACAAGUGUGACCUGCGUGAGUUUGUGUUGUCCCAUGAGUUUUUUGGAACCAAGUUUGAUGUCAUUCUAAUUGAUCCCCCUUGGGAGGAGUACGUUCAUCGAGCACCUGGUGUUGCUGACCAUGUGGAGUACUGGACAUUUGAGGAGAUAUUAAACCUUAAAAUUGAGGCAAUAGCAGAUACUCCUUCAUUUAUCUUCCUUUGGGUUGGUGAUGGUGUUGGUCUUGAGCAGGGCCGUCAAUGUCUAAAGAAGUGGGGAUUCCGAAGGUGUGAGGAUAUAUGUUGGGUGAAGACAAACAAGACAAAUGCUACACCAGGCUUGCGGCAUGAUUCUCAUACUUUGUUUCAACAUUCAAAGGAACACUGCUUGAUGGGCAUAAAAGGAACCGUUCGCCGUAGCACUGAUGGUCAUAUCAUCCAUGCCAAUAUUGACACAGAUAUAAUUAUCGCUGAAGAACCUCCAUAUGGUUCAACAACAAAACCUGAAGACCUAUAUCGAAUCAUUGAGCACUUUGCCCUUGGACGUAGGAGGAUCGAGCUCUUUGGUGAAGAUCAUAACAUUAGGUCAGGCUGGCUUACUGUUGGCAAAGAGUUAUCAUCCUCAAAUUUUAAUGCUGAGGCAUAUGUCAGGAACUUCGCUGAUAAAGAUGGAAAAGUUUGGCAGGGAGGGGGAGGACGGAACCCCCCACCUGAUACACCACAUCUCGUCGUGACAACUCCUGAUAUUGAGGGCCUUCGACCCAAGUCACCACCUCAGAAGAAUCAGCAGCAACAGUCAACACCCCUUUCUCAGACAACAGCCAAUUCAACCAAUAAAUGGCCAGCCGGGAAUUCACCGCAAAAUUCAGCAGCCCUUGGUCCGAAUCAAGAAACUUCCAUCAGUUCCAACCCUCAAACGCCUGCUCCAUGGGCUUCACCAAUGGGGGGCAUGAAAGGACCGGAUGCUGGGAAUGUGGCCACAGAUGACAAGUAUUUUGAUAUUUACGGAUACAAUGCCUUGUUUGGGCAAACAAGUGGAGACCAUAUAGAGUUCGAGUCUCACCGAGCCCUCAAUAUGCUGUAAUGAAAUUCCAGCAUGAAAAUAUGCUGUGUGCGGCAUGUAAUUCUUUUUUUCAUAAUAUAUAAAUGGGAAAGAGAUAUUUUUUAUC